AUGGAGGAAGCACAUUCUUCACCUUCAAUGAAAUCCGGCCUCACCGGUUCUCCUCGCAGCACUGAGAACACAACCGCCCCGUCUCCUCCGAGCACUGAGCACACAACCGCCGCGUAUCCUGCCAGCACUGAGAACACAACCGUCCCGUCUCCUCGCAGCACUGAGAACACAACCGUCCCGUCUCCUCGCAGCACUGAAAACACAGCCGUCCCGUCUCCUCGCAGCACUGUGAACACAGCCGUCCCGUCUCCUCCCAGCACUGAGAACACAACCGCCGCGUCUCCUCGCAGCACUGAGAACACAGCCGUCCCGUCUCCUCGCAGCACUGAGAACACACCCGCCGCGUCUCCUCGCAGCACUGAGAACACAGCCGCCGCGUCUCCUCCCAGCACUGAAAACACAGCCGUCCCGUCUCCUCCCAGCACUGAGAACACAGCCGCCGCGUCUCCUCGCAGCACUGAGAACACAGCCGCCGCGGAGACCUGCCUGCUGGCGAUGGCGUCGUCAGACCUCAGCGAAGACCUGAACUGCUCCUCGUGUCUGGACGCUUUCUCCGAUCUCAUCACUCUGACAUGUGGACACAACUUUUGCCGGGACUGUUUCUUUCACCUGCUGAGUGGCCAGGAACGGGUUGGCGGUGACACCUGUCCUGUGUGUACACCUGUGUUCCCUACGCAGCCAGGCAAAGCGCAUUCUCCAGAGCCGCGUGACGCAUCAUCCGAGAACCCGGAGACCGCCAGCAUCUCCUGCACCUUCUGCAUUCACUCCCCGGUCCCGGCUGCCCAGUCCUGUCUGCACUGCGAGGCUUCCCUGUGCGCCGGCCACCUGAGAGUCCACACCAAAUCACCGGAACACAUCCUCACCAAACCCACCAAAUCCUUCAGGGAGAGCAAAUGCUCCGCCCACAACAAGAUCCUGGACUUCUACUGCCGCCAGGACAAGCUCUGCAUCUGCCUCUUGUGCUGCGUGGAGGAGCACCGGGGCCACCGAGUCUGCCAUUUCCAGGAGGCCUUUGAGAAGACGAAGGAGAAACGGGAAUACGCUUCGGAGAUUCUGACCGCCGAGAUGGAGGAGAUCGCGGAGCGGGUGCGGGGCCUGCAGGAGCGUAAGGUGAACGCGCGAGGAAAGGCGGCGGACAUCGCGAGGAGAGUCUCCGCCGUGCUCGGCGACGUCCGGAGACAGCAGGACGACCUGGAGAAGAGAAUCCUGAGCGACGUCUCCUGGCGGGAACGGCAGAUCUGCCUCUCCGUCUCCAACCGGAUCCGCCACCUGGAAGAGAGUCGGGACCAGCUGUGCCGGAAGAUGGGCGACAUGGCGGAGCUGUACGAGACCCCGGACCCCUCGGCGUUCUCCCGGUGGAUGACGUCGGAGAACAGCGACCUCCAUAAACUUCGGCGGUCCAGCAGCGCCUACAGGAAGGAGGACGCGAAGAUGGCCGCCGCCGCCGCGAAGGACUUUGAUGAAGCUCUGAUCUUCCAGUCCUUGCACGCCACACUGCUGGACGUGGCGACUUCUAUCACACGAGGGAUCUACGUACAGGAGGUCGCCGACCUGCGGCUGGACGUGAACACCGCCGCCAACAAUGUCGCCGUAACCCAGGACUUGAAGGAAGCGUCCUGCCCGGGGGGCGACCAAUGUCGGAUCGAGAAGGAGGAGCGCUUCGACUUCUCUCAGGCGCUGAGUGUCGGGACCUUCGGGUCGGGGAGACAUUACUGGGACGUGGAGGUGGGGGAGUCGGGGAAUUUCCGGCUCGGCGUUGCCUAUUCUUCCAUGGAGAGGAAAGGAGGAGGAGCUCGGAUUGGUAACAACGACGUGUCUUGGUGUUUGGGAAAGGAAAGCGAUGCUAUCUGCUUCAUCCACCACACGCAGAAGAUCCAGCUGGGGCGCGACCUUCGGUACCAGAAGAUCCGGAUCUAUCUGGAUUACGAGGCCGGCCAGGUCUCCUUCUACGAGCUGGGUGACCGCGUCCGCCACCUCCACACCUUCACCGCCAACUUCACCGAGCCCCUCCGCGCCGCCUUCUGUGUAUUCCUAACAAGCUGGGUGAGGAUUCUGAGCUGA